CAAUUAUACGUGACUUCAGCCUGCAGUGUUGAUAGCAGUAUGCCACCCAGGCGUGUGCAACGCGCGCCAGCGGAAGACGCGGUUGUAGCACAGCUCAAAAGUGACCUGCAGUAUCUUUCAAAAACGCGCGCGAGGCAAGACGUGUCAGGACGAAUUGCGCGGCUGCGCGACAUUACUUGCUUUGCAGAAAACAACAGUUGCGCUGAGGUCUCGGCGCUGCUCGCCGCUGCUUAUGGCGCGGUCGGCCGCAGCAUUCUCGGCACCGAUGGAGCGAAUCGGCACGUGUGGGCAAUGCUCGGCGCCUUGGUUUAUAACGAAAUCUCCGCCCGCGCCAAUGCACAGCUGAGUCUCGCCAUGCUGCGUGCGGAUCUUCUCAGCCUAUUUGCACAGAUAUCCACAGCACUGGGUAAUGAAGGCGAUGGCAGCGGCGCUGCCGGGCCGUCCACCGGCGGGCACGCAAGCGCCAUCCCGGUCAAGGCACAGGUGGAGAUUGCCACCCACAUGGCCAUGAUGCUGGACCGCCUGGUGUUCCCCGAGAAUAGCGGCCGUGCCAUACCGCUGUCGGAUGUGCUGAGCGCUCUCGAACGCAGCCAGGUGCUGGAGCACCUGUCCGGGGCUAUCUUACGCCUGGCCGCAUCGCUGCCGCCGGGGUUGCGCGGCACCGGAGACCCCAACGCCGCCUGGGAUCGCUGCACCGGCGCCGCGGACCUCGGCGCGGCAGCCGAUGCCGAAUUCGACUGGGCCUGCCUGAGCCGUGCGAUUAAGGGGCUGUCGGGGGUUCUGCAGCUGCUCAUCCUGUGCCGGGCUGAGGAGCUCGACGCCCUGGUACCGGCGCCGCACCCAGCCGUCCGGGAGCGGAUCCCCGAGACCGUGCACUUCGCCACCCAGGUGCGGCCGCUGAUGUCCGGCCGCAGCGUGCAGCUCUUCAGCGUGAUGGCGCUGCAGUCCGCAUGUCUGGGCGCACUCGCGGCGGCGGCGGCCGGCCGUGCUGCUUCUGCCACCACCACCACAACAGCGCCCUCAAAAAAGGCUCCGGCGUCGGCACCAGUGGUGCCCGGUGCCCACCCGCUGCGCCUGGAUGCAGACCCGAUGCCGGCGGCCGGGACGGCGUUUGAGGGGUUUGGCGCAUCUAUCGUGUGGGCGGCCGUUGCCGUCUUCCACGUCACCUCCUGGGGCUGCGCCCAGCUGCCAGUCGCGCAGCCGCCGCUCGACUACAGGCCGGCCUGGUCGGCGGUGUCACCAGCGGCACCGGCAGCAGCAGCAGCAGCAGCAGCAGCAGCAGCGGAGGCAACAGCAGCAGCAGCAGCAAUAACGCUUUGCAAGGGCUCCACCGUCACGGAAAGGAGCAGCAGUAGCAGCGGGAGCUGCAGCAGCGGUAGCAGCAGGCCUCCGCUGGGCGGGCCCGCCAAGGGAGGGGCGUCCGCGGGUGUGGUGGUGCCGUUCCGGGCGCUGCCCGUGUUCGACCUGGUCCGGGCCGCGUGGCGCGACCUGUCACGCCCAGACGGCAACGGCAACAUCAUCGACCGCCACGGCGUCGUCCGGAUGGCAACGGUGCUGAUGGUACGGCUGCUGAUGGAGCUGCGGCCGCGCCAGGCGGCGGCGCGGCUGCCGGGGCUGUGGCGAGAGGUGGUGCUGCCGUCCAUCGCGCACGACAUCAGCGCGUGCAGCAUCUUGGCGGGAGAGCUGCUGCGGCUGCAGGUGCACGCGCCGCCGCCGCCGCCGCCGCCGCCGCCGCAGCAGCAGCAGCAGCAGCAGCAGCAGCAGGGGGGAGCCUCGGCAGCUGGCGCUUCGCCGCCGCCAGCAGCAGCAGCAGCAGGAGCAGCGUUGGCCGCCAGCAGCUACAGCUGCUACAGCCUGCGGUGCGCGCUGGACGCGGGGCUGCUGCCGGCGCUGGAGCGCUUCCUGCGCAACGGGCGGGCGUGGGCGGCACCAGACGGCAGUAGCGGCAGCGCCAGCGGGCCCGCCGGUAGCAACGGAACCCCAAAGCUCACGGUCAGGUCAGCCAGCCAGCUGCUGAACCGGAUCAACAUCGUACUGCGCUACUCGGGCCUGUGGCCGGCGGCGCUGGCGUACGCGCCGCCGGCGCAGGUGGUGGGGCUGGUGGUGACGCUGAUGGCGGCGGCGCGGCGGCUGGCGGCGCUGCCGCCCAUGCCGCAGGAGCUGUCGAUGGCGGGGGCCAUGUCCAUGUACAUGCGCGGCGGCACCUCCCUCAGCAUCCUGCACGAGCAGCUGGCGGCGCUGCUGGAGCAGGCGCUGGACCUGGCGCAGGCGGCGGAAGGUGCAGGCGCGGCGGCGGCGGAGGGCGCGGCACCGGAGGGCGCGGCGGCAGAAGGUGCAGGCGGAGCAGCAGCAGGCGCGGCGCGGGCGCCGGAGUCCGGGGGUGCAGGGGCGCCAUCGAGCCCCAGCAGAAGCAGAAGCAGGUGUGGCUACCUGCGGCUGAACAAUGCGCUGGAGGCUCCGCGGCCCGCGCCCAUGCAGUGGGAGUGGCUGCUGACAGCCGGCAACACGUCUGGCUCGGAGGCGGCGGCGGCGGCGGGGCAGCGCGACUGGCUGUUCUCGUUUGCUGUGCAGCAGUGGCUGCCGCUGCUGAUGGCGCGUAUCUCAGAGAUCCUGCUUCCGCUGGACGUGGGCAUGCGCAAGGUCGAGGUGCCGCCGCUGCCGCCGCGGGCCGUGCACCUGGCGGUGCUGCUGCUGCGGCUCUGCGCGGGGCUGCUGACGGCGGCGGCGCGGGCGGCGGCUGCGGAGGCCGCGGAGGCGGGUGCGGCGCCGCGGCCGCUGCCGCCCGGGGGCGCGAGCGGGCGCAGCACCAGCGCCGGCACCGGCACCGGCACGGGCCAUCGGGCGGAGGGUGUCCGGGUCUCUGUGGCGGUGCGGGCCUCGUGGCGGGAGGCAGCGUACGAGCUCACGCACGGCUGGCAGCUGCAGCAGCUGGUGGACUACGUCGCGACACACACGCAGCUGUGGGCCGAUGAUAGCAGUAGCAGCGGCGGCGGCGGCAGUAGCAGCAGCAGCGGCGGCGGCGAUGGUGGAGGCGGCAGUAGCUGUGGCAGCAGCGGAGGUGGUGGUGACCAACAUGGCGAGGCAGAAGGCGCCGACGGCGACGAAGCUGAAGGCGGCGGCGGCGGCGGCAGCCUGGAGAGCUGUGUGUUGGAUGCGCUGGAGGCAGUGUGGGCGCACCGGCCUGAGUGGGUCGUGCAGAUGCUGAGCAUAAGGCUUGCCGCAGCAACCGUCGACUACCGCACUCCUGCCGGCGGCCGUGCUACUGCCGGCGGCGCUGCAGCAGCUACUGCCGGCGGCCAGGCCGCAGCGAGGGCGGGUGCUGCAUCGAAGGCGGGGGUGCUGAUGCCGUUGCGGCAGCUGGCGGCGGCGCACGGCAGGGCGGAGCUGGUGCUGGUGAUUGACGAGGGCGUGGCAGCGGUGAGCCCGGCGGCUAUUGAGAAGUCCCCGACGCUCCCGCCUGCGCCGACACUGAACUGCAAGCACCAGCUUUUGCGGUGGGUGCUGCGGCGCCGUUGCGGUGACGCGGCGCAGGGUGGCAGUGGCGGCGGCAACGGCUGUUGCCUGCCCCAUGCCUGGCGGCUGCUGUCGCCGUACGAGGUCCAGCAGCGGUUGGUGACUACGCUGGCGACGGCGGCGGCUGCGGCUGUAGCACCGGCCGCGGCUACCAGCGCAGGGGCGGCCAGCGGCACGGGUGGCGCCGAUGCGGGCUCAAUGGGGUCUGCGGCGUCUGCGGGGUCCGCCGCGGCGGCGGUAUCUGCUGUCCUGUGCGCCAACCCCGACUGCAGCAGCCUGGACGGCCCGAGCGCGCUGGUGCCUCCGGGCGGCGGCAAGACGUGUUCACGGUGCCGUGCGGCCCGCUACUGCUGCGGCCUGUGCCAGCUGCAGCACUGGCGCGAGGGAGGCCACGACACCAGCUGCCCAGGCCUCAGGGGCUAGGCCGCUGGCGGUGCUGGGGCCAGGAGCUGGGGUGCAGGGGGUGCUGGCCGCAGCAGCGGAGCGGGGGGCCAGCGGCGGGUGGGGCCAGGAGCUAGUGGGUCCAGGGGCGGGUGACAUGGUGAUGCAUGGGUAGCAUGGCCCUGGCUGUGUGCCACAAGGGGCCUGUCGCCGGCAUCACGUAUGCGGUGUGGUCAACUAGAGCGCUGCGGGAACUUGGGUUUGCAUUGGAUCAGGGGUCAGAACGAGAGGAUGCCAGAGCCUCCAGCAAGCUAAGGCCUUUGUCAUUGACAUGCACUGUGAUUGAUGCACGCAGUUGGCUAGCGCAUGCACGUGAAUGGUGCGAGCGAUUGAAAUAUUUUGGAGUACGGUAUGCAUAUUAUUCAUACGAUAUAUGUGAAUGCAGGAGACCGGAGCGGGUGCGAAAGAUAGCAUGCACGGAUACCGGCUGUCCGGAUACCGGCUGUCCGGAAGAGGCACGCGGCAGUCCUGCCGGGGGGCGCGCCUUGGAUAGUGGUGCAGGGCCGGCGUGGCCGUAUAAGGAACAUGCUUCAUGUGUGCGUGUGCGCCGUACCCAUAUUCAAUGGAGUAGUCUGGUACCAGUCAACACUUUUGGUGGUAUGAGGUGGAGGUUGCUGGGCGCAGUUGCAGACGAGGCAAGUGGGCAGUUGCAUGGGUUAGUUGACUGGCUCGAGUCCUCGGCGCGGCUAUGCGUUCGGGUUGGUGACAGGACGACGCAGUCAUUAGCGGCGCGGCGGUAUUGGAGUGGGACUUGAGACUAUUUAAAGGCAUAUUCGUGGCAAAGGAGGGGCGUGCCGGAAGUGAAGUGAACGACACAACUUGAGAGGCUGUUGUGUAAAGACCCGACAGACGCAUUCUGCGCAAGCAUUUGAUGACAGGCGCGGGGGCAGGGCAUCAUCAGAGCCCUGAUGCUGAUCUGGGUCGGGCGUAGCUUGGACUUGACAGGUUAUGGCAUCGGCGGGCCCAGCAGCUCGAUGCUCGCAAGACUGGUCUUCACGUUGGGGUCGUCAAGGGAUUCUCAGAGUAGUCUUAAAUAGAAGAUACACCAGAUGGAUAGCCGAAUUACGCAGAUGAGAUGCGUAUGAUACCACAGGACCACGUCGCAGGGGCAGACGGGUUACGAAGAGUCGCGCACGGGGUCGAUGCGACCAGGCGUGCGGAUGCGGAAGCCGGGGCACAGGGGCCCGCUGAAACGGAGGCUCGGGCUGAAGGCUGAUGCCUCAAUCACUGUCGCGCCUUGGCGUUGGAAACUUGCGGACAGGCUUGCUGUCAGGGGAGAAGACUAGAAGAGCCCUGGAGGGCUGGGAGACUGUUCUUCCGGUAUGAGCAAGGUUCGUGCUUGUCAUUUACUCGUGGCGUAUUACAACGGAGUGCCGGGUUAGUUUCUUGGCGCUCCGGAGCGGUCCUAUAUU